AUGGCUUCUUCAGGUCUACUUCCGAUCCCUUCAGCAGGUUCUGACUCGUCCAAUCGUCCCCGGAACAGACGGGUCGCCAGUUCUGGGCUCGACGCCGAUGCCCCUACCACGGCGACAUCUACAUCCUUGUUGUCCGCAGGCUCAAAGAGCUCGCCAACCAGCCGUCGUGCGAGCCCUGGGGGUCUAAGAUCACGGGCGAAUUCAGGGGGUAGGAGUCGCGAAUCUAUGAACUCGUCACCAGCGAGGCGUCGAGAGGUCUACAGUACAACUGGGGAUUAUUCGAAACCUUCCCUAGGAAAGGGUCUGUUUGAUGGGAGCUGGGCUCCAAGUUGGGCAUCAGUCCAGGGGCUUGCUUCAUCCCUGCUUUCGGGAGACGCUGGCGAGUCCGAUCGUGUGAGGAGCCGAAAUACCAGUCAAAGUCGGAGGUCGGUCUCUGCGCUUGAGCGAGAACGCACCCCGCCCGCGUCUGAGUCGUGGGGGCCGACGCCUCCGUCUAAACAGAGGCCGCGAAUAGAGGACGUGGCGGCUGGCAGUCUGGCUGAUCGAGAGGCAGCACUGAGGGCUGUGCGGACUGCGAGUGUGCUAGAGAGCCAUGAGGGUGUGAACGGUGGACUUGAUAUCACCGGAAGAUAUAAGAAACGGUCUUCUGACGAGGACUUGAGAGGCUCCGCACGGUCACAGGAACCAGAAGAGUAUCUUGCCUAUAUUCACCAUGUCCAAAAGGACGACACGUAUGCCGGUAUAGUCCUGAAGUAUCGAUGCAGAGAGGAUGCUUUUCGAAAAGCCAAUGGGUUGUGGUCGCGGGACAACAUACAAAUUCGCAAAUACCUAGUGAUACCGGUGGACACGUGCGAGAUCAAAGGCCGCACAUGCGACCCGCCAUCCUACCAUUCACAGAAUGUCGACCUUCUAGCACCGACCCCUGCAGCAGCUUCUGAAGACAAGAACGAAAGCACUCACGACGACUUCUUUGCGCCUCGGUCGAACGGGAAAGCUCCAGAGCCACCGCCCCAUCCGGAUGAGACCCAUCCUUGGACUCACGUCAGGUGGGUGUCGCUAGAAUCGUUUCCAGAGCCAGUGGAGAUUGCAAGAGUCUCCAGGAGGCAUACCGGCUACUUCCCACCACGUAGGAAGAAGAGUCAGCACACACUGUCGACGCUCUCCACGCCCAGGGAGUCUCUUGAUAUGAGCGGCAUUGGCUCCACUGGGCAAAUUGACAGCCCCAAUAGCACAUCUUCCCGAAGACCAAGCAUCUUAUCGUCAGGAAGGCCACCCGCACACGGUUAUAGUGCCUCUGUGCCUUCAGGGUCCACUUCCCGCAGCCGUGGGGAUAGCCUGGGCCCAGACGAUCCGCGACCAGCUUGGAUGAGGCGACCUGGAGGUAUUGGAUCCCUGGGCAAACAGCGUGCCCCAGGGCCGGAUAAAGACUAUUUUAAUUCUUUUGCACGGAAACACUUUCCUGGUAUCAACAUUGACUCUAUGCCGUCGAUGUCGGUAAUGGGUUCUGAAACUGCUCGUUUCGGCUUCACAAACAACAACGCCGAUACUUCGGCUGUCGGCAUAGUAGAAAGCCCUUUCAAAGAUGGUCACGAUGUAGAGGCGUCAUCAAGACAAGGCACGGGUCUCGACAAGGCAGCAGCGGCAGUGGAAAUGUGGCUACGCGGUGCAUUCGCCAAGCGCCCGCCGGGCACUCCGAAUUUCGGUGCCCGUAGGGCAACUUCACAGCCUGGCCAGCACGAGGAUGGAAUCAGUGACUUGAUAGAGCUUGAGGACACCAACAGCGAAGACGGAAGGUCAUUCGGAGGGCCCUUACUCGGUGGUGGUGGGGACAGCCGCAUGCCCGCUACUAACCAAAUGGUCAUGCCAGGCUCAUCCACUGCCGCCGGAAGCUCUGCAUGGAGCGGUGGAGAUGGUGCUACGCUUCGCGGGAAACCCGGAGUAAGUGUGGCCGUCGGCAAGGGUAAGAGGUCCGAGUGA